UGUCAAAACGGAAGAUGUCUUUUCUUCCUCUCUCGUAAAAUCUCGCAGUAAUUCUCGUUCCAAACGAGAUUUGUCAUCGUGCAAUGGCGACUGCCAACAUGAAAGUUCAUAAACGUCGAUCUCGUCGAAAAAUAGCCGCUGUAAACUUUCUAUCGAAUAUAUCUCUUGAUGGAACACACAAAGAUACUAAAUAUGCAAUGUUCAAUAGAAAACACCAUCGACUAAAAGAUGAAAGCGUCGAAGAAGUCAACAAUGUAAAUGUAAACACAGCUGUCUCAGGAAAACAGAUUUUGGACGAAGAAUUGUGUGAUGAAGAUAGUGUCGAUGGGACUCGAAGUUUGGUACCAGUCGAUACGCAAUCGGCGGGUACCCAGCACGUUGUGUCUGUGCAGAUAGAAGUUAUUCCUUCCGAAGGACCAAGCGUUCCUCCGGAACCAACGUUGUCUAUGAUAAAUGUCACUCCUACUAAAAGAUUUGCACGGUCAGGAUCCUAUUCUGGGGAGCACGAGAGACUGGCCAGGAGGAAUCUGAUGCAGCCCCUGAAUGACUCACUGGGACUGAUGCAAUCGGACAGACAGCUUGACAGAUGUAGAAGAUCAAGUUCCCUGUCAAACGAAUCCUGUGAUUCUGCUCCCAGAGAUGGAACCAUCAGAUUUAUGUCCCCAACUGACAGCAAGAGAUUGGCCAGGAAGGGGAGGUUGUUGCUUGUCUCUAAGAGGAAGAUCCCCAUUGCAGUUUGUUCCACUUUACCUUACAGUCGCAAUAAGAUCCAAGGGAGGUCUGAUGAGGACAUCCUGAUCACCAGCAUCAAGUCUGCAGUUGAGGGACAAGUUCCCAAGGGGCUCCAUGCACUUGUACGGGUCGAUGAUGGACAGGAUAUAUCAUACAGUGAACUUCUAGUGGCCUCCAGAGACGGCCCUCUGCGACGGAGCAUGUCGGAGCAGGUCCCGCUAAACAUUCCAGACACCCCUCUGGCUACAGUUCUAAAACAACACUAUCAGUCAUGGGGUAACUGUCGUGAGUUUGGUAGAAGUGUGUCGUACGAUCCCACCCACUUACAUCGCUCGUCUGUCAUAGCAUCUGGCCUACACAGAGUACCAGAGGAAGAGGAUGAUACACCUUAUGACCCUAGUGCACUUGAUGACCCGGAGCUUCAGUCUGGUCGGUACAGAAACCUGCUCAGACUCACUUCCUAUCUGACAUCUGUCAUUGACUAUGUCAAGCCAUCAACAUUGAAGAAGGAACUAAAUGAGAAAUUUAAAGAAAAGUUCCCUAACAUCCAGUUGACCCUUACUAAGCUGAGAAGCUUGAAAAAAGAGCUACGAAGGAUAGCUGCUGUAAAGUGUGGACUGGACAUCUGGGUUGUAGCACAAGCCUAUGUGUUUUUUGAAAAACUUAUUCUAAAGUUGCAGAUAAACAAACAGAACAGGAAACUGUGUGCAGGAGCGUGUCUGAUGCUGUCCGCCAAGCUCAAUGAUGUAAAAGGAGACCAGCUCACCAAACUUAUAGAGAACAUAGAAGAUGGCCUUCGUGUAAACAGGAAGGAGCUGGUGAGUUUUGAGUUUGCCUGUUUGGUGUCACUGAAGUUAGCUCUGCAUACAUCGGACCAAGAGAUUUUCCCCCACUACCAGCGACUAUUGUAUCAGUCCUGACCAAGGCUUCCACAACCACAGAUAGACACACCCACUCUCUUGGACCACACUCUCAAAGAUUGAACCAACCAAUUACGCUGACAUAUUCCUUAUAAUUUACCAAAAAAGGCAAGACUUCAUAAAAAAAGACCUACCCACUUGGACCACACCCAUAAAUGUAACUUUUCAGUCCAUACAUACUAAAACUUGUUGUAGGUUUUAAUUGUUUUGAACAAACCAAAAAAUCAACUUUUUUAAUAUCUGAUUUACAUAUUAUGAUUCAGAUUAUUUUUCAUGACUGCUGAACUGUAAAUAUCUGCUGUUAUGGGAUUGCUCAAAAAUGAAUUCGGACAAUCUAUUCUACCAUGUAUUUUCUUGCCAAUGCUAGGCUCGUUUGAUAGAGCUGUGUGGGGAGGUCUUCAUACAUCUGGGUGUCUCUACACUCUGUGGUUUCCCUCUAAUAUGGAAGGAAAGCCUGUGAUUUUUAAUAGAUAGGAGACACAGUAUAUUAGAAAUUUGACACUGUAUUGAAAAUUAAUCAUUAUUGCAAGGACUCUUUUUUCCUGUUUGAAUUUUUAUGCCACUGUGAACACUUGCUUUUGUGAUAUUUUGCAAGUUUUGUCCAUUUUUAUAUGAAAUCAUCUUAAAUGUUUGAUUUGUACAUAGCUGUUAGCAUUGCUGUUACUGUACAGAUUGAUUGAGCCUUUGGCGAUAAUUUUUGGUUGGAAUCGUGAAUUGAGACCAUUAUAUUUUGAUUUUGGUAAUUGACUUGAGGUAUUUUUGGAAUAUCAUGCUGUAUAGCAGGUGUGUGUAUUACGGUAUGUUUUAAUACCUGAUGAUCAUUACAUUUUUUAACAUGUUAGACUAUUAAAAACUUAUUGAUCUCACUGAGAUGGCAUUGUAAACCUGUCGAGUUGAGAGCAGAUUUUUACCAUAUCAUAAAACAUCUACAGUUUAUUGGUUCACCUACUUGAUUAUAUUACGCGUAAAUUUUAGGUUUGGAUAAUACUUGUAUCUGAUGGUCAAACAUUAAAAUGUAUUACUAGUUUCACCAAUCAAAUGUAGUUCAUAGCAUAUAAAAUGGAUUUUAAUGUAUUAUGAUAAAUAUCUGGGUUUAAUUUAAGAUGUUGACUUGGUGUGAAUUGUUGCGAUCACAUACGCUCAAACAUAUAAUGGGAAAUUGUAGAUGCGACAAGGCAUUUCCAGUUCAUGCAGGCUAACUACUGAAAAUAUUGGAGGUUAAUUAAAAGGACCAAUUACAGACAUGUACUGGUAACAGCCCUGAUUUCUGUGUGUGUCCUGUAGGAUGUUGGUCACUUCACAGGUGUGCAUCAUCAUUUUAUACUUUGACAGUCUCACAUUAUGAUUGAUUGUUUUCGAGAAUUAUCUAUGUGAAAAUUUAUUUAGAUACCAGUAGGCAAUCAACUAUAACAAGCAAUAUCAUGUACAAGUUAAUAAAACUUGAUUGCAUCAUAAGCACCCUGUUACAGGACAUCUAACAAGUCCUACACUUGUUGUACAGGUUAUUACAUAAACUGGCCACUUACUUAAACUAUAAAUUAUACAAACAAUACUCGUUUAUUGGUUUUUCUGAUGUGUUCCUUUGUCUAGUGUAUACUUCCAAUGUAAAAAUGUUUUUAUUUAAGUUAUAUACAAAUUUGAUCAGUUUUUAACCUGCUGUUAUAUUGUCUUUAUUGAAGCUGGAACUGACUACCAUAUUGUCUGUAUUGUGGCUGGAACUGGCUACCAUUUUGUCUGCAUUGUGGCCGAAAUUGGCUACCAUAUUGUCUAUAUUAUGGCUGGAGCUAGCUGCCAUUUUGUCUGUAUUGUGGCCGGAAUUGGCUACCAUAUUGUCUGUAUUGUGACCGAAACUGGCUACCAUAUUGUCUGUAUUGUGGCUAGAACUGGCUACCAUUUUGUCUGUAUUGUGAUUAGAACUGGCUACCAUAUUGUCUGUAUUGUGGCUGGAACUGGCUACCAUAUUGUCUGUAUUGUGAUUAGAACUGGCUACCAUAUUGUCUGUAUUGUGGCUGGAACUGACUAUCAUAUUGCCUGUAUUGUGGCUAGAACUGGCUACCAUAUUGUCUGUAUUGUGUCCGGAACUAGCUACCAUAUUGUCUAUAUUAUGGCCGGAACUGGCCACCAUAAUAUUGUCUGUAUCGUGGCCAAAACUAGCUGCCAUAUUGUCCGUAUUGUGGCUGGAAAUGGCUGCCAUUUUGUCUGUGUUGUGGCUGGUACUGGUCGCCAUAUUGUCUGUAUUAUGGCUGGAACUGACUGCCAUAUUGUCUGUAUUGAGGCCAAAAAUGGCUACCAUAUUGUCUGUAUUAUGGCUGGAACUAGCUGCCAUAUUGUCUGUAUUAUGGCAGGUACUGGUCGCCAUAUUGUCUGUAUUGUUGCCGGAACUGAUUGCCAUAUUGUCUGCAUUGUGGCCGAAAAUGGCUACCAUAUUGUCUGUAUUAUGGCCGGAACUGGCUGCCGUAUUGACUGUAUUGCAGCCGGAACUGAGUUCUAUACUUUCUGUAAUGUAGUUAGAAUUAGUUACCAUAUUGUUUAUAUAACAUUUAGUCAAGAUUGUACAAUGACAUGCUUUUUCAAUACUAGUCGAAGACUGUGCUUGGGUGUUAUUUUAUUAAGCAGUAUUAUUUAUCAUAAAUAUGAAGCAUUAAGAUGUGGUAUUUCCUGCUGAUAUAUAAUCUUACCACUGCUUCAUCUGAUUACGUGAAUUGAGGUAAUUCAUCACGUAAAGGAAAGACCAAACAAGUUUGUGUAGUUGUCAUGCGAUCUUUUUUGGGUCAAGUGGCACCAUGUCAAAAUCUGACACCUUUUAAUGGUUGAAAAGGGUUCAGUGUGAUGUCUUGGUUUUGACAAAUAUUCAGACUAUAUUGUCUGUUCAAUAUUGGCUUAUAUAAACUUACGGACCGGUAUCAAUUAUAAAGUGUUGCAUGUAUCUUGAAAUACUGAAAGUUUUGUUGAUAAUAGACUGGUUUUUCAGCCUUAUGGAAAACGGAAUAGGAGGGAACCAAGGUAAUUGUCUGGUUGACACAUGGCUCUGGCUAAAAUAGUGGUAAUUUAGUAUACCAGGCCAUGUGUUCCUUUAGUUAGCUGGAUUAGAACCAAAGCAAAUUUUGUAUCUCUUGCUGCAUUUAAAGUUUAAAUAUAUGAACAUUUCAUAAGCAAAAUCUAUGAAUAUUAGUGGAACUUUUUUAAUCUGAGCAAUUAUUUUUAUUUGCAAUUUUCAAGAUUUAUUGCCAUAUGAAUGUUGCCAUAUGAAUGUCUAUGUCAGUUGUCAAAAUUUUGUGUUUAUAUUCAUUAAGAUUGACCAAAUCUAAUUUGUUAUGAACAGGAUUGAUCUAUGUUAGGGGUAUUUGUUAAUGAUAUCCGUCAUCUUUCUAUUCUCUGCACAUUUUAUAAUUUCAGAUAUAUGCCAUAGUGAUUGAGAUAUGCAUUUAUAUUAUUUGGUAUUGUUUAUUUGAUGAUGUAUGAUACUGAUUGAAUUACAAAUAUGAAGUAUUUCGUCAUUACAGUACGGCGCAUCAGCUGUGAAUCAGUAGCUAUACCUACUGUCCAACGUCAUUUCAAGUUCAGUGUGAUAUGAUCUUGCUUCACUUUUUUAUGCUCCCGCCAAAACAUUUUUGGGGGGGGGGGGGGGAUAUACAGAUAGUGUUGGCCAUGUCCUUGCCUUCCUGUCACAUUGAUUCAAUGUAAAAUGUAGCCACUUCAUUCUAUGACAGAUUUUCAUCAAACUUUAUGCAAAUGUCAUAAGUAUGCAACACAUCAGAUGAUUUCGUGUUUAAGGAUUCCAAGGUCAAGGCCAAGGUCGCCAUUGCUUUUUAUAGAAACUCAUCAACCAAUUCAGUGCUUUCAGUUCACCAACUUUAUUUCCCGAUGGAUAUUGAUCAACUUUUAUACAAAGGUCAAGUAUGAGAAUACCGCUGACAUCUGUGUUUUAAGGCUCCAAGGUCAAGGUCAUUGUUGAUGUGUAUGUAGAAAAUCAUCAACUGAUUCAUUGUCCUCACUCUAGCUAAUUUGCUUAAUAAAGUUAUAAUUAUUAAAACGGACAAUCAUCACAAUGUCACUUGUUUUAUAUCUAGAUACAUUAGACCUCAUCAUUGUCUCUUCCAUAUAUGACACUGUUUAAUUUAGGGAGACUUACAAAACUGGUUUAUGCAUACAAUUUCAUAGAGAUGUCAAGAAUAAAGAGAAAGUCAUUGUAACUAUUUAUAAAACAUUACCAAACACUGAAAUUAGUUUCACAUGGCGACACGGGCAUUCAUGUCUUACGGACAUUUUCUAGUUUAUUUUCAUUUUUGAAAUUGCAAUUUCAUGAUUUAGAUCUUCAGCAUAACUGAAGAAUGUAUUUGUUAGUUAAUCUUGUCCAAAGGACCAAGGUUAGCUUAUGCUGUACUGUGGCCUCCAUUUUCCAUGGGUCACGAUUCAACCCCUUCUUAACUGCUGAUUGGAAUUUGACUACUUCUCUAAACUAAGUGAUGGAUAUCAACCAUAUUGGGUUAGGAACAUUCUCAGGUGUUGGGGAUUCAAAAUGUAUACCAGUUGAAGAGCUAACCACAGGUCUGAAGGAUGUUGCCAAGAAAAACUUUAUUUGGACACUCUCGAGAUCCCCACACUAAAACCAUGUAUACAUUUGCUGAGUAAAUAGAGAUAAACACAGUCAUAUAAUAAGGAUUGACUCUGGGGUCUGGCCCCACACCUAGAAUCUUAAUUCCUAGGCAGUAACUUUGAAAUAACUUAGAUCCCCGCCCCAUAACCACAUUGACCAUUGCUAGGCAUAAAGAGACAAACACAGUCAUAAUAUUAGAAUUAAACCUGGGGUCUUGCCCAACCUUUAGGGACUUUAUUCUUGGGUCAUGAUUUUGAGACAGUUGAGAUCCCCACCCCAUAAACCCAUAAUCAUAUUUAUGCAAUUGAUGGGCACAAAGAAAAAAAACGACCAUGAUAUUAAAAUUAACCCCUGGUUCUGGCCCCACCCGUAGGGACUUAAUUCCUGGGCAAUAACUUGGAAUGGUUGAGAUUUCCAUCCUUUAGCCAUAUAUACCAUUGCUUGGCAUAAAGAUCCAGGUGAGCAAUACAGGCCCUCUGGGGAACUUUUUACAAUUUAUUAUAUAUAUAUAUGAAAUAAUUAAAAUUUCCUACGUGUUACCUCAGACUUAAAAUGUUAUCAUGGCAUUAGUUGCAUUGAUAUUGUUGAAUAUUGAAUAUGAUUUACAUCUGCUCUGAAUCAUACUUCAUCUGCAUUUCUUUAGGAGGAAAAUGUGUAUGCUCUACAUUUGGUUAUACCAUCAGAAAGGGUUGAAGUCGAGAAUAAUCUGAUUAAAAAUGCUAGUGUGUAGGUUGUAAAUAUUUAAUGGAUAAAUUCACAGCCAAGUUUUGUUAGACACUUCAAAAUUUAAACAAAUUUCUCCUUUUUUCUCACAAAAUAUGUACAGACUUUUUCAGACGACAAUUUUCAAUGACGGAUAUAUAUUUUAAAAUAUUGAAAUUUAACUGAAUUGUCUAUUAGAUAGGAUAGCAACUUCAUUUAUUACACACGAGCACCUUAUGUGGUGUAGUUUAAGGUCAAAUGAUGGGCCCAUUUUCAAAUGUAGUGUAUACACAAUGUAUACCUUACUCAUUAUCAUCAACAUUUUUUAAAAUAAUGUUAUUUGAAAUUUAAAUAAAUUCCUUCCGUAGUUUUUUGGGAAUGGCUAAGAAUGUUUCCGUGUUGACAAGGACAUUUCCACUUUUAUAAGGAUUGAAAUUAAAACUGUAUUUGUCAUAAUUGAUUCACAUUUCACUUCUAUAUCAUAUGGAUUGAAAGAAAAAAAACUCAGAAUUGAUUCAUAUCAUUUUUUAAAUGGUUUCUUGUAUAAUGUGCCUGAUUUGACUUUGUGUUUGAAGUCUUGUAUAAUGUAUCGGGGCCGACAUGAAAACAACCUCACUCAGUCAUAUGAUGUUAUUCUUUCGGUAGAAUGAUAAUUUAUAACAAGUUACCAUUAUGUCAGCUUCUGUCUUAUUGGUAGGAUCCCAGCUGGACAUUGCUGUUUACCACAAUUUGCAAUAUUGAUGCAGUGGCCUUAAUUGACCUGUUGGUUGAGAUAUACAUUGAACAACUCUCCUUUACAGAAUGUCCCUGUGAUGGUUACGUUACAAUCCAAUGUUUACUUCAGUCACACAGCUGUACCAUAGCCCUCAAACCAAACGUUUCUUUGUUUCUUUUGUGUACAGUAUUGAUAAUUUAUUACUGAAAUAAUUCGAAUGUUCUAGCUUUCUAAUUUUUAGUCAAUAUAAUAUGAUAUAAACCUGCGUCUACUUUUUGCUGAUGAUUAACAUAUAUUUUAUUAUUACACCAGUGGCACAAAUUUUUUUUUGGUAAAUUCAAUUAUAAUUUUGUUUCGGCAGUUAAAGCACACAGGACACCAGGACUGGUGUUCAUAUGCUUGAUAGUUACAGCAAAGAACCUCCUAUUAACAAAACAAAUUAAUCUCAUUUAGAAUGUUAGAUAUUUGAACUUAAUUUGAUACAAUAUCUUCAGCUUCAUAUAUCAUGGUUGAUUUGAUUAUUCCAAAGUCUUUCUUUGGGAUAAUCUACAUGAUACAUUGCCAAAAACUUUGUUCAAAAGGAAAUAGGACGAGACAUAACGAGCUAUUGCUGUUAAUGUGUGCUUUGUUAAAGAGGUUGAUAUGUUAAGGAAACCAGCAUCUUGUUUAAGGAUGUAUGGUAGCUUCACCAGAUACCUGUGAUUUUUGUAACAGUUAUCUCCCUUAAUGCUAGUGAUUUGUGUAAUAGUUCUCUCCGUUACAUAACUUGAUAUUAUCAUGAUUUAAGAGCUGCAAGAUUAUUAUAAAUCCUUUCAUUCUUCUAUACCUUUUAAAAAUAUCAUCUGUAAAUAAACUGACCAUAUAUAAAAGGCUUUUGAAAAAGUUUCUUUUUUGGGAAACUCUUUGUAGAGGAGAUGAAUGUAUCAGUCAGGUAGCAGACAUCCUUAUAAGUUAAGUGUUCCGAGUGGAAUUCAACAUUCCAAAGCUUUAGCAUUGUGUGGGAGUGUAAAGUCAUUAUGAACACGGAUAAGAUAUAUUUAGGUACCUAAAGUAUCGAACCAAAACCCUUCUAACAGCCUUAAAUGGUAUAAGAUUGCAUGUACAUGUAACAGGAAUUAGCCUUUUUCAAUUGAAUGUGCGUUUCAUAUAUCUACAUGUAUAUACAUGCAUGUUAAAACAGGAAAUACUUUUGAACAAGUUUUGAUGUUGGUAUUGGAAUUAUUAACUAAUUGAUAAAUGUGCUAGCCACAAUUUAGUUCCUUCUGUUUGUAUAUUUAUAUCUGGGGGGGGAAUGGUAUGAAAGGCAUAUAUACAAGUCACUCAGUGGCUUUGUUGGUACUGAGAAUUGAAGCCUACUGGAGAGGUGAUCAAUGGUGUAAUAACUUGUUCUGCCAUUAGCUAGGUUAAAAGUCUUAUUUUCUGUCUGUUGUAAAUAAACAACAAGGUACUAAAUUAUUCUUAGUACACGUAUUCCAGUGUUGGACCAAAACUAGAAAGUCACAAUCCAUUGUUGAAAGAAAGUUGUGGACGACAGCAGCUUUGUUUGGAGUAUGUAUAUAUUACAGUUCUGUAGAGUAGACUAAAUUAUUUGACUUGCUCUGUGAUCUCAACAGCUUACUUGGUACUGACUGUACAAAGAUGGUGUAUAUUAUUACAUAGAUUACUUUUACAUGGAGUUUUCUCCGCCGUGGCAGUCAUGCCUGUAUGAAUUUUGUGUUUGUGUAUAAAUUAUGGAUUAUGGAUUAUUAUGUACUCGCUCUUGUUUUGAUCCUGUUUUUUGUUUUAUUGUUUCAUGUUUGCAAAGGAAACAUUUUUUGUUUUAUUGUUUCUGGUACCGUAAAUCACUUUCCUUUUUGAUACUUUGCGAGGACACUCUUCACCAAAUGAAUAAAAAAAAAAUCCAUAAAAAUCAAUAUGGAUUAUUACUAUCGAUAUUGAAAAAGCAUCAUCACGAUAGCCAAUUAAAGUGUUCACAAAUUAAACCCACAGGCAUAUCUCACAAAGUACACACAAAGCUUGAAUGAUUUACUGUAUGUAUAGAAACAGUUUUUAUUUUUAUGUUUCAUGUAUGUAUUAGAAACUUUUUUCAGCAAACUCUGUUCAUACAGUUUAUACAGAUGUAUAAAACUUAUUCUCUUUUUGAGAGAUUAUAAAAUGUUUAGACAGAAGAUGCAGAAAUUUGUUUCUGUAAUUUUUGUCCUAGUCGGACUGAAGUGCUCAAAAUGAUAGUGGAAUGCUAUUGCAUAUGAGUAAUAAGGUGAAACAUAAAGCAUAUAGUUACCUGUUGUUUUCUUAAUACAAAUACUGGUUUUGGCAUAAAACCAAAACAUUAGGCAGAUAGAUGGUACAUGCACUGGGUAAAUGUUACAAGGUCUUGCUAAGCAGUAUCUGACCUAAAUUUGAGAACGUCAGGCUUUUUACUUUGUAAAAUGCUUUUCUGGGUAUCAGAUGCAAGGUUAUCCCGAUAAAAACUCAUUUUACAAAGUCGGCGGCCACUACUCAAGAUUUUUGCAAUUUACAUAAAUAGUAAACAUAUAUAUAUGUAUUUGUUUUUGUCACUUCAAUCGCUGUGGCCAGUGCCGAUCAUUGUUUUGUUUCCACCCAAAUGCUGGUGUAGUACCAGCUUCUAUGGUAUUAAACAGAAAACAAGGCUUACUUGUUUAUAUAUGUUGUCAGUGCUUGAUGCUGUAAAGUUUGGUGAUAACAUCAUUAUUGAAUAAAUAAUUUGAAUUAU